AUGGACGACGAAUCCCCAACAGAAGCCUCAAGGCGCGACAUCGCCAAAAGAGUCUCACGAGCCUGCCUCCACUGCCGACAACGCAAGUCCCGAUGUGACCUAGAUAGCAACGGCAAUCCAGGUAGACCCCCGUGCCAACGCUGCGUCCGCGAAAACCGCGAAUGCAUCCUCGGCGGCUCAAACCGUGGGGGCCGUCGAAUCCGCAAAAACAAGAUCAAAAACUUCACACCAGCCAAUCCAAAUUCAAAUUCAAAUGUGAAUCCCUCACCAAGCAAAGGGUCCGACGCUUCAAGUCCGGCCACGUCAGAGAAUCGUCCGGCACAAUCACACCAACCUCCAUCGUCAUAUCCCGGCCCUGUCGUCUUCUUACCUCCUAACCCUCCAGCCCCAGCCUCUGUCGCCGUAGAGGAAGACGACGCAUCUAUAAACUCCGUUCCGCGCAACCCAUCCGACGCAUGGCAAUGUCUAACUGGAAUCGCGACGCAGACGGGAACAGCUGAACCGCGCCAGGACCGUGUCCAAUCCGAGUCCACUAGUUUUCCGACAUAUAAUGGCCUGCGCGGUGGCGUAGUGCCCGAAUUCACAACGCCAAAUACAGGAAUUAGGGCGUACAGGCUUGUUCAAUCGCGCUCUCUAGAUCCGGAGACGGUGUGGCAGCUGAUUUCGCGCUAUGCGGAUAACUUUCAUCCGUACCUCCCCCUCGUGCCGCGGAAGUAUUUCGUGCGCAAUGCGCUUGAUGAUUUCGCGGGGAAUGAGAAGCAUCUUCUGACUGCUGUUUUGACGAUUGCGUCAAAGGAUCUCGUUGAUCAACCUGAGAUUCAUGAGUAUUGUUCGAAAUAUAUGCAUGAGUUGAUCUCGGGUAUUGCCGCUGGUGCCGAGUGUGAUGUUGAAGCUGUGGAGGCUCUAUUACUGCUGGCAGAAUGGGAGCCACAGGGACUACGACCGAAGAUUGAGCGGGUUGGACGAGGCGAGGAAGAUCGCGCUGCAUGGAUGCAUGUCGGGCUAGCCUUGCGCUCGGGGUACUUCAUCGGUAUGGACCGCACGUCCUUCCGCGGUGAUCCAUAUGGGGAUCAGGAAAGUGAAGCGCGUCGGCGGCUGGCCUGGGCUAGCUGUUAUGUUUCUGAUCGGUUGAUCUCUGUGCGUAUUGGACGUGCAUUUUGGUCACGCGGUCCUGGGCCCAUGACUGGUCUUGUGAGUCAGGAUUUUCCUUCGUUGCAGCCUGUUCAGGAGGGUGAUGAGGAUUAUUCGAAGAUUUGGCAGGCUAUGUUGGAUCUGACGCAGCUUUAUGGAAAUGUUCAUGAGGUUUUGUAUUCUGGUAUGCGGGCGAGUAACCAGAUGAUGUUGAUGGGGGAUUAUGUGAAAUAUGUGGAUGAUUUCCGGCUUGCUAUUUUGCGGUGGAAGUCGCUUUGGGGGUCUUUGGAUUGCUCACCACCCAUGCGAGCGACUCUGCAGUUAUCAUAUGAGUAUCUGCGAUUAUACACAACGGCAUUUGCUUUCCAAGCUGCCAUCUCUCAAUCCCUUGUCCAGCCGAAGACCAAUGGACAGGGCCAGCGGGAGCAAUUACGAUCUACAUUCAAGAAUGUGGCCUCGAUGCAGGAUUCAAGAUUCAUAUAUGAAUCCGUCGAUGCGGCUAAAUCAUACUUGACGAUCCUUGUGGACUCGGUAGAUCCAGAGAAGCAUCUCCAUUUCAUGCCUCUCCGAUUCUAUCUUUAUGGAAUUUACUCUGCUGUCUUCCUAUACAAGGCCCGAUCAUUCGGAAUGAUGCUCCCAUCAGAAGAAGCAAAAGUCCAGGGCCUCGUCGCGCGAACAACAGAAGUCCUAAAACAAGCCAGCGCCGGCACAGACGACAUCGGCGCCCGCUACGCCCGCCUCCUCGAACUCCUCUGGAAACCAAAAACACCCACCUCCCACCCCAAUCCCCCAGGGACCCAAAACAGCGAUUUCUCCAUGCAAGCCCUACAAAACCCAAUAGCAGACCCAGGCUACAUGCAAUUCAGUCCCGCAAACGAUUUCUCCUGGCUUGACCUGGAAGCCGUGGGCGAUUAUGUAUCCGGAGACCAGAUAUCCGGCGGGAUGUUGGGUCUCGAUGCGUUCCAGAAUGGGUCUGAUAUGUAUCAGGGUCAGGAUCGAUCGCAGGCAUGGCAGUCUUCUGCUUGGAUGGGUGAUAUGAGCAGCAAUCUUCUGUUCUAA